AGUAUGUGGGACCAUGGAUGUGAAUGGUUAGAAACUGAAUUGCUGCUGUAGUUUGUAGUGUGCAAGUUCCUUCAUAAACAGCGUGUUUGACCUUUUUCCUACCAUUGUGGAUUAAAUGCCAGAAUUUGAAUUAUAAAAAUAAAAUGGAGAUAGACACAUUUAUAUGAAAUUCACAAGGAGUUAAAAAUGUAAAAAUAAAUCGUUACUUCGAGCUUGGAAAAAGGUACCUGAAAGACAAACAGAAUGGCAGUGUCACAGAAUGUAUCCAGCAUCUCAUUGAGUGCAAUGUGGGACUGGUCACUUUCAGGAACUCCAACAGCAAUGUCCAUAUUGGAUGCAGCUGCAGAUUUCUUGGUCCUUGAGAGAAAUUUUGCAGGGGCACUAGAUCUUUGUGAAAGAGGUUUACAGAUUAUAGCUGCAGAACCAGGGGAUAUAAAGUGUGAACAGAUUAAGACCUCUCUGUGCGUUAUUGGAAUCCAAGCUCUAGCAGAGUUAGAGAGGUGGAGAGAAGUUCUGCCCUGGCUUUUACAAUAUUACACAACUCCUCAGGAGCUGCCCCACAACAUUAUGGGGAUGUGUCUCCUAUUAUACAGCAGAGUGAAGCAGCAACAUGUAAUGUUGGAAUUGAGCACUGACUGGUUGAGAGAGCAAUCGAAUCAACAGCUUCCUGGUUAUGCACGUGUGCUUGAGCUCCACCUUUUGCGAAUACUCCUCCCAUUAGGUCUUUUUUCAGAGGCAGAGGAGCUAGCACAAAACUCACAAGUCUUUACUGGCCAGCAAAAACACACAGUUCUUAAAGCUCUUAGUGAGAACAGGACCCAGUGGGAGCAGCUAAAUAAACAGAAUACAGAGACUCUCCCAUCUGACCAUACAGAGUUAAAGAGCAAGCUACACACAGAUGAUACCAAAAAAAGGCUUCUCAAGGUUACUCGACUACUCUAUGGAGUACUAAGUAUUGUGUGGAGACAGAUUCACAAGGUACCUCUCCGCCAGGUUGUGCUCGCCCUUCUCCUGAUCACUCUUGUGCUAUUUCGCUUGGACCCAGCAUCUCCUAUGGCUCAAGGUCCAAUGUCUCACAUACGCCUUAUGCUCCAGGAAUGCAUAUCUAAUGUUUUUCAGGCUUCAUCUGCCAGUCGAUCGUGAGCUUUCCAUAUAAUCAUGACCUUAAGUGAAGAAGAAACAUGUAGCUGCUGUCAGCUUAAAUAGCAGUGGGUCUUAUUUUCUUCUCCAGUUUUUAGAAACUUGUUUAUAGAUUAUUACUAAUGGUAUUUAAUAUCUGAAGAGGUAUAAAGAAAAUAAUCACAUUUCAUGCAAACAUUGGAUGGACUUGGAAUAUUCACUGGAGGUAUUUCCUUAAAGAGGCAAAAUAUGUGUUUAAUUAGCCUGUAUGUCACAGACAUAUCAAAAGGAAUGAUGACGCAAUCACCUAUUCAAGAUGACAUUAUAAAAAAAAAAACAUAAACUGAACCCACCUUUUGAACACUUAAAUGUUUACAGCUGAUCAAAAAAUGUUUACUAGUGAUACAUUUUAGAUUUCAUUUUUUUUUAAACUAUUGCUCAUAGUCAUGGUUUGUUUCUCGUUUUUAUAACAUGAUAUAUGAUUAAUACCUUUUUAGGACAAUAGCAAAAUGACUGUAAACAAAAACAAGGCUACAAUGUUUGUUACACAAUGGCGUUGUGUUUGGAUCACAAAGGCUGCAGAAGCAGGACAUUUUGUAAAGCUGAUUAUUAUCCCUUUAUGACAGAGAAAUCCUGAAAUGAUGGUUUAUCUGUGUGAAGGACAGUAUGUGGGCCAACUUCUAAUAGAACAGUAUGGGCCAGAUUACUAGUGGAGUUACGUGCAAGCGAAAACGGGUUUAUCGCGGGUGUUUGCACCCAUUAGGUUUAGCACUCGUAUUACAAGUUGAAAGUAAAAGCGAACUAUUGAGCGCAAUCGAAGUUAACACUCAUCAGGAUAGCGUAUCCUCGUAGCAAAACAAAAAAGUGUUACACAAAUAAAUGCAUUUAAAAGCACAGUUACACUCAUAAUAACACUAUUUAAUAAAAAUUAUUUAAAAAAAAAAUAUUGCAACAAUAUAUAUAUAUAUAUAUAUAUAUAUAUAUAUAUAUAUAUAUAUAUAUAUAUAUAUAUAUAUAAAACAUGGAAGGGAACUGCACUCCAAGACCGGAUCAGGUACACAUCCUGUGACUCAGUAACAUCCAGCCCUGGGUGCUAAAUAGCACUCCAAAAAAGCUGUGAUGUCACCAGAGCCACAGGCAGUUAACCCCAGUCCGGAAUGGGUGCAAGAAACAAGGGAGAUUACAAAUAAAAAGUAAUACAACACAUAGAAACACCCAGCACUCACCAGCUAGCUCACAGCUAAGAUAAAAUCACAACUGGAAAGGUUAGUCACCGCAUCUGGCCAAAUGGGAAAGCUAAGGCACCACGUCAAGGUCCUUUCCAUUGCCUGAGUCCCUAACACAGGCACACCAUCAUGCGAGCUCACAAAGCCAAACAAACUGAGAACAAAGAAGGGGUGCACAGGUGGCUGUAAUCACCCAUAGAAAAUACAAAACAUGGAAGGGAACUGCACUCCAAGACCGGAUCAGGUACACAUCCUGUGACUCAGUAACAUCCAGCCCUGGGUGCUAAAUAGCACUCCAAAAAAGCUGUGAUGUCACCAGAGCCACAGGCAGUUAACCCCAGUCCGGAAUGGGUGCAAGAAACAAGGGAGAUUACAAAUAAAAAGUAAUACAACACAUAGAAAC